ACCGCCAAAUACCCGGUCCCACACCCGAGUCGAGUGGAUAGAAGUGAAGGCAUCCAAAGUGUGUCCCUUUCGUGGCUUAAUAUACAGGUGUUUACGAAAUGCGAGAAAAUUUCUGGUGAAGUAAAAAGUGGUCAAUUGUUGGCAAUAAUGGGCGCCAGUGGCGCCGGAAAGACAACGCUAUUGAAUGUAUUGACGGCCAGAAACCUAUCGAAACUACGGGUGAAAGGAGUGGUGCUAUUGAAUGGACAGGCGGUCAGUGCGGAGACAAUGGCAUCGCUUUCCUCAUACAUAGAACAACACGAUUUGUUUCAUCCGUUGCUUACAGUCAGAGAACAUCUCGUCUUUCAAUCAUUGUUACGAAUGGAUAGAAGUUUAACCCGUGAACAGAAAAAUUUUAAUUUAAGCAAAUGUAUGGACACUCAAAUUGGCGGCGAUUUUGAGUUUAAAGGCAUUUCUGGGGGAGAAAUGAAGAGAUUGUCGUUUGCAUCAGAGCAACAAUUGGAGAUUGAUGAGCCGACGACUGGUUUGGACUCAUUUAUGGCCCAAAAUAUUGUGCAAACAUUGAAGACAAUGGCAUCGGAGGGACGGACUAUAGUCUGUACUAUACAUCAGCCCUCGUCUCAAGUGUUCGCUCUCUUCGAUCACAUCUUACUUAUGGCCGACGGAAGGGUAGCUUUUAUGGGCACAACUGAAUUGGCAAUCACUUCUGAUAAGUUUGAGAUAAAAAGAGAGAAAGUGAAUAAAAUAUGCGACAAUUAUCUAAAUUCACGUUUUUGUCAACAAAUAUCUGUCAAUAAUAAUGCGAUUGAAUGCCAAACGAGACACACAUUUGGCGCACAAAUUGACGACAACAGCCGUACAAAAUAUUUGACUGCAUAUAAGUACGGCUUUUGGGCCCAAAUGCGGGCCCUAUUGUGGCGCUCAUACCUAUUAACUAGU